AUGACACCACCCCCCGACACCCCCGAAUCGAUACCGCGCCACUCGAUCAGGCUCCGCCACCAGCCCGGCCACGGCCACGGCCCCGCACGCAACCCCGACCACGAUCCCGCCCCUCACGACCGCUUCCCAUCCCACAUGCAGGCCGCCACCGACUCUGGCGCCACCGACUCCCACUUUGACUCGCCGCCCCAGGGCCAACAUCCCUUCCGUCCCUUUCCCAGCAGCAGCAGCAGCAGCAGCGGCGGCGGCGGCACCAUGUCGCUUCACCACUCGGCGCCACCCUCUACCCCCGGCAGCGCACCCAUGAGCCGCGCUCCCAGCCUCUCGGCCCUCGACAUCUCGGCCGACGUCGGCGAGGGCGUGCUCCUCUCCAUCAAGUGCCCUUCCCUCGUCCGCGACUCGGCCCGUAUCCGAUUCCAUCCCGACACCACCGUCCUCCAGAUCAAGCAGAGCAUCGAGAGGACCUGGCCCGGAAAGCCAAGGUCCCAGGGCCUGCGCUUCAUCCGUGCAGGCCGCCUCCUCGCCGACACAGAGACCGUCGCCGAAUUUGCCGUUGGCACCGACCCCAGCGAGCCCGUCUCGGUGCAUCUCGUCAUCCGGCCAGACGCCUGGCUCGACCCAAAGAACCGCCCGACCCCCUCGCGACGCAGCUCCUACCUCCGCCAGGUCCCACUCGCUUCGCCCCUCUUGACGCCUGGCCUCCGAGACAUCUCGUCGUCCUACUUCACCACCCUGCCCACGUCGUCGCCCCUGCAGUCGCAGAGGACAUCGCCCAGGGCCCAGCCCACGCCCCUGCCAGAAGAUCGACCCGUGCCAUCCGGCAGCCACAGCAGCGUCAGCACAGCGAGCACCCGCAGCAGCGGCGCAACGCCAGUCCACGCCCCGUCGACCACCCGGCCCGGUCGUCUAUCCCGCCAGAGCAGCCGAUCCGGUGACGGUGCCGACAUGCACGGCUUCGGCGGUGGCAUGUGGUGGAACACGGCCGUGGCCGACUUUGCCCUGCCCGCCAGGAUGACGACGGCGUCAUCGAUGCCGCCGGCGAGCGACGACCACGACAAGUUCAGGCAGAUCCUGAUGGCGACCGCGCCUGCCAACUACCCGCUGCUCGUCGACUCGGCUACGCUGCUGCACGAUGUCUACCUGGAGCGAUAUCGGCGCCUGUAUCGAGCAAGCCAGAAGGGCCAGCUCAGCGGCGAGGCUCCCGUCUCGGCACUCGCCGGCGAUGGCGACGGGGAAGAGAGCGACGACGACAACGCCGACGAGGACGAGGAUGUCCUUUCGCUCGCGCAGUCCGUCGAAGACGAGCUCUUUGGCUGGGAGCCAAUCGAUAUGCCGGCUCUCGACCGCCGACCGGACGUCCCGGGCGGAAAGGAGCUCGAGUAUCUCUAUCACGAGGUGCAGUGCAAUGGCCUGCCUUACCUACUGCAGCUCGCCGUGACGCCCUCGGAUCGACAGAGGAGCGCGGCCAUGUCCCAGCUCCUGGGCCGGAUGGAGCGUCUCGCCUCGACGAUCAAGCUGCUCAACAGCCUGACGAUGCACGCCAGCCUCUUGGCGGGAGCCGCCGACGUGGCGCCGUUUGCACCUUCGGCCAUGUCCCCAGCCUCCGGGACGGCGCUGUCGCCCGAUCUGCACGCCCAGCUGCCAGCAAGGGCAGCAGUCGCCGCAGCGGCUCCACCGCCGCUCGGAGGCGCCGAUCCGCAGAAUCCUCAGCCGCGGGGUCGCGCUGCCGCUGCGCAGCUCGUCCCGGUGGCCUGGCGCUCGACGUUUGCGGGCCUGGCCGAGCUGACGUGGAACGAGAUCUUUUCCAUGACGGUGCCCCUCUUCUUCCUCGGUCUCAAGCUCGGCAUCUUCCUCUACGUCUUUGGGCGCGGGGCGUCGGACAUGAAGCGCUUUGCCAUGAUGGCGGCGGCGUCGAUCUACGUCGUGUGGGAGGCCGUCAAGCUCACGAACGAUCCCCUCGCUCCCCUGCCCCCGGUGCACGCACCACGGCGGUACACGACGUCGGAACCUUCGCUGCUGAGCGUCGAGCACUGGCUGGAGCGGAUCGCCUACAUCGGCAUGGAGUCGGAGGACGAGGACCUGGGUCUGCUCCCGCCCCUCGGCUCGCCCCGCCCCGCCGCCCGCACUCGCCGACGCGGACGCGUGUUCCACCACGUCGUCGUGCCCCUCGUCCUCUUUUUCGCCACCCUUGUGCCGGAUAUUGAGAUGAAGCGGCGCCGGGCCAUCGAGGAGAGGGAGGACGUGGUGAGGGAUGCGGUCAGCAAGGCCGAAGAGAGGAUCGAGAGGAUCCGAGCCAUGCAGCGCGACGACGCCGCUCAGGCGCAGGCGCAGGCGCAAGCGCAGGGAGAGGAGGGAAGAGACAAGGUGUUGAAAGAGUAUUCGGACAGGAUCUUGGCCAGGAGACGGGGUGGUACCGCCGCGGCUGGCAUGGAUGGCAGGGACGCAGAGGCCCUCCGGGCCGCCGUCAGGGCCGACGAGGACGACGAGGGCGAGAUGCAGUUCUUCUAG